GGCAGCAAAGAGCGAUUCCACUGGCAGAUGCAGAACGUCAAGCAGAGCGGGGUGGACGACAUGGUUCUCCUGCCCAAGAUCCACGAAGACGCCAUCGUGGAGAACCUCCGCAAGAGGUUCAUGGAUGACUACAUUUUUACGUACAUCGGGCCAGUCCUGAUUUCGGUCAACCCCUUCAAGCAGCUGCCUUACUUCACGGACCGGGAGAUCGACAUGUACCAGGGGGCGGCCCAGUACGAAAACCCUCCCCACAUCUAC